AUGAGUGGGCAAUCGACUGCUUCUUCCCUUUAUUCCGGCAUCUUUAACCUAGCAAAGUCGGAUGAGGCCAGUUCAAACGCAGGUCCAAGUGCUCAGCCAAUCGCAGAUGCUUCGACGGAAUCAAAACCACAAUCAAACCCAGCAGAGAUUGCAGAUCAAAAGCCAUCGCUAGACAAAUCCCAAGGUACUUGGUCUGCUGCAUUGCGAUUUACACCUAGAAGAAAUGCCGCUUUGAGUAAACCAAAACGAGCACCGAUCCAGUCGCAAUUAUCAACAGCUUUCUCGAAUACAGACGUUCAUUCUGACCUUGCAGAAGGUUCUUCCUCGAAACAAGCUCCUCAAAAGCAGGAUGAAGUAGCAUCUGCCUCUAAGACUCCAUCUGUGCACUCAAAAGCCGAAGCAAUCAAGCCUUCCUCACAUCCGAGACAACUUUUCGGAGUGCAAACGCAUGCCCUAAAUGUUGAGCCGGUAGAUUCUGACCGAAUUCCACUACCUGCCGUAACCCAGCCGCCAUCCCUUUCGCUUUCAGUGGAAGAAAUUGAAAAGGAUCGAGCACUCUUCCGGUCCAGAGCACUGAAAAGAGGUGAUAUCGCUUCACAUGAGCAGACAGAUUUCGUGGAGGAUGAUGGAUGGAAUGAGGAAGAGGAUGUGAAUGGCUUUGCAAAUACAACAGAAGGCAGAAAAGCCAGGAGAAAGAAACGCAAACGUCGUGCAUCGCCUGGACAUCAUGGAGGAUUAGCAGCUUCAUUAAAUAUGGAUGCGGAUUAUGAUCCAAGGAUACCGAACGACUUUAUCGAAUUUAGGAAAUUACUUGCUAAUAGGAGAGAAGCAGAAAGGUCACAUCGAAAGCGCUUAACAUCGGGAAGGGAAGAGCAAGGCUUCGAUGAAGAGGCAAAUUAUGACGACCGAUCUGAGAGGGGUGAAGGUGGAAGAGGUUGGAAUCGAUAUGAUAGAUCUGGUAAAUUUGCACCGCCAGUUGCAUAUGCUAGUCACUCGAAAGGGAAGCAAAGAGACUUUGAAAAGAUGGAGGAUGAUGACGAUGACGAGAAACCAUACCUUUCGCCUCCACCCUCUCUACCGCCAGGCCCUCCUCCAGGGCCGCCGCCGAACAUACCAUCUCCAGCUGUUACGGGUGAAGAUGCAUACCAGAGAAGGCUGGCAAUGUCACAGGCCACAAGUGGGGAAGAAGCAUACCAACGCAGAUUAGCGAUGAGUCAAGGUAGUAUGAGCGAAUACGGUCCAUCAUCCAGCCAUGAUCAUAAAGGAAAUCGAUCUGACGAUCUCGCUUCUCAGACUGCGGCUGCAGCUGCUAUUGCUGCCAGGCUGCUCAAGACAGCUCCUCAAGAAGAGACGCAGACGCUCAGUAGCACCGCUUCAAGUAUCGAAGAUCACGACCCUUCUACAUUUGCAGAAAGGUUGAUGAUGAAACAAGGAUGGAGAAAAGGCGAAGCAUUAGGUGCGGAAGGGAACAAAGGUAUCUUGGAUCCUCUGUUAGCUCAAAAGGUUGAAGAGGAGCGAGCACGACAUCACAGCAAAGGCCAAAGAGGUGAUAAUGAAGGAAAUGAUCGUGCAAUGAAAAGUGCACGCGGUACGAUUAUCAAUCCGCAAGAAGAGCAAAAGAGACAAGAAGAAAGACAGAAGUAUGGUGAAGCAAGCGAGGUGAUUUUGUUGGAAAACAUGGUGGCCAGUGAUGAAGACAUUGAUGACGAUUUACCAGGAGAGAUUGGAGAAGAAUGUGAAAAACAUGGAAAAGUGGAAAGAGUUUUCAUUUGGCCAGCUGCACAUGCAAAAUAUUCGUUUACCAAUUCAUCUUUAGCCUUAUCUAAUUCUUCUGGUAAACCUCGAAUCUUUGUCAAAUUUAACGGGAUCGCGGCCGCUUGGAAAUGUUUAAAAGGGUUAGACGGCAGAUUCUUUGCUGGAAAUACGGUAAGAGCACGUUAUUAUCCACUUCAAGAUUUCAAUAGAGGUAAUUACGAUCGUUUGUAUGAUUAA